AAGAGGAAGAGGAGGAGGAAGAGGAAGAGGAGGAGAUCUGACACCACACAACGCACACCGGGAUUUAAAAACCGAGAGGAGAGCGGGGGAGAACCGGAUUCGCCGCUCCUGCCGCUCCUGUCACUGAAGGGCGAGGAAACAUGAAGACGCCGCGCCGUGCUGCCGCGGUGGGAGCUUAUUAUUACCGGAGGUGAAACAGAAAAAAAUGAACGAGGACACGCGCCCAGACGAUGACAGCUACAUUGUGCGCGUCAAAGCGGUGGUGAUGACCCGAGACGACUCGAGCGGCGGCUGGUUGGCGCAGGACGGCUGCCUGAGCAGAGUGGGCGUCUGCAGGCUGCUGGCCAGCGAACUGCUGGGACGCACUGCCUUCCUCAUCCACGGAGAACGCCUCAAAGACAAGCAGGUGAUUCUGGAGUGUUUCCUGAAGAAAGACCUGGUCUACACGAAGGCCACGCCGACCUUUCACCACUGGAGGGUGGACAACAGGAAGUGUGGGCUGACCUUCCAGAGCCCAUCGGACGCCCGAGCCUUCGACCGCGGGGUGAGGAGAGCGCUGGAGGACCUGACCGAAGGGUCGACCACGUCUUCAUCGACGCUGCAGAAUGAGGCAGAGCUCGGAGAUGACGACGUCUUCACGACGGCUACUGACAGCUCGUCCAACUCGUCCCAGAAGAGAGAGAGAGAGCCGGCCAUGCACUCGCUCGCCCCGCCCAACUUCUGCGAGGCCCGUCGGCACCAUUGCAUUCUGGGACAUUUCUACGAGCAUCACAGGCCCUCGGAUCACUACUUCCUGGACCAGGCGGUGCACAUGUUCCCUCGUCACGUCAGCUUCCAUGUGGAGGAGGAAGAGAUCGUACGCAUCAACCCCCGCGAGAGAACGUGGCUCACCGGCUACGAGGAUUACCGCCACGCCAACUCCACACGGGACAAAAUCUCCCAGCCCGAAAACCUUGACGCCUACGUACACUUCGCCAAGAGCGAGCCGCCCAAACACGACUAUACCUACCCGUACCCGCUGAACUGCAACGUGCAGCGGGGGUGCGACGGCAAACCAGGCUGCAUGGAGAUGGGCGGGGGCCGCAGGGCGGUGGUGACGGUGCAGCCGCGAGCCCUGCAGCCCAAAGGCAAGCGGCGGAAGGAGGACGGCGAGCGUUCGCGUUGCGUUUACUGUCAGGACAUGUUUAACCACGAGGACAACGGGCGGGGCCGCUGCCAGGAAGCACCGGACCCCAUCCAGACCUGCAUCCGGCGGGUCAGCUUCAUGUGGUGCGCGGAUAGCCUGCUGUACCACUGCAUGUCGGACACGGAGGGGGAUUACUCGGACCCGUGUUCGUGCGACACAAGCGACGAGCGGUUCUGCCUGCGAUGGACGGCGCUGGUGGGUUUGUCGCUGCUGGCCCCCUGCAUGUGCUGCUACGGCCCCCUCAGAGCGUGCUACCGCUGCGGUGUGGCGUGCCGGUGCUGUGGCGGGAAACACAAAGCUGUGGGUUGAGGCCUGUCAUUAUAGUCUAUUUGCCAGUUCAUGGAUGUUGAGUACACCAAAGUUUUAUGUAAGUAAUGUAAAGUUCGCGUCCCCAGCACAAAGAAACUGCGGGAUGCUAACUUGCAUAUGUUGUGCAAUUAGCACGUGGCAUUAAUUAGCACGAAUUAGCAUAUUCAGAAAACAGCUACAAAAUGGCUUGGCUGAUUUGGAGGCAGUUUCUAUGUGCUGAGGACCUGUACUAAACAUUUCAAAUAUAACACUUUGGGAUACUCAACAUUUCCGGGUUCACACUGCUGGAAAGUAGACUUCUACCCGAUCUGUACCGUAAACCCGAUUUGUUCUAACAUUUGCUUAGAUUAACGGCGUUGUUGAAAAGUACAGAUGCUUUUUAAUUGUUUUUAUUGAACAACAGUGUCAACAACAACUUCCAAAACAUGAUAUACUUUACUGAACUAGUAACCUGCACAGUAUUUGAAUUUGCAGUGCGCGAUGUGCUCCCGGGCCCAGAGUAGUGCAGGACCGGCCCUGAUGAAGACACAGCAUUUAUUUAAAUAACGACAAAUUUAGGUCAUCUAUUCUAUAGCUAUUCGAACCAAAGAUGACGUUAUUUUUAUUUAAAUCCCAGAAAUCGUUUCAACAUGGGAAGUUGCAUCAUACUCAGGUUUCAGGUACAGAUCGGGUAACGAGAAGGCGUUGCAGACCCCCGUUACUCUGAAGGAACUGAAACGUUGACUUUAAUUAAAUGUAUUAUGUCAACACAAUUUCACACAACUGUGUUAGGUUAGUUGAAAGCAAUAAUAUUAAGUUGAAGCUAUUUAAACUUAAUAUUUUGGCUUUCAACUAACCUAAUACAGUUGUGUGAAGUCUGUUUACAUAAUAACUUUGAUUAAAGUCAACGUUAGAGGUUUUUUCAGUGCACAGGGACAGCAGCAAGGACUCAUGGGAAACGGAGGCCGCUGUGAUUUUGUGUUUGUCGUUCGUCUCGUCUCCGAUUUCCAGGAGAACAACUUUUAUCUCAACAGAUGAAAAAGGAAAGAAAGACUGAACAGAGAAUAUUAAUUUCUAUAUAAAGUUAUAAAUAUAAACAUAAAUAUAUAUCUUUAUAUAGAUAUAUAUUUAUGACAGGUACUUUAUAUUUUUACACUCAUGUGUUUUCAAGGCUUGAAUAUGUCAUUUCUUCAGCGUGGUGUGAGGUCGGUAUGAAUGUGGUUGUGGUUGUGUUUGUCAGAGGGACUGCAGCAAAACAUUUCAACCUUAGGGUGCACACAAUCAUUUACAAUAAAACAGAACAGAAAUAGGAUUAGAUGAACAGGUGUUUGUUCAAGUUAGACAAGAAGAACAAAAUUAGUUUCAUGUAUGAGUGUUAAAUAUGGAGCUGGAUGUUAGCCUAGCUUAGCAUAACGUCUUGAAGCAGAGGGAAACAGCUAGCCUUCCUCUGUCAAAAGUUAAAAAACGUCUACCAUUAAAGCUACAAGAAACAUGUUGUAUGUAGUUUAUUCUGUACACACAGAGAAAUAUUAAACAGGUGUUUAUUCGAGUUGGAUAAGAAGAUGGAAAUUCGUUUCAUGUAUGUGUGUUAAAUACUGAAUGGAGCUGGACGUUAGCCUAGCUUAGCAGGAAUUCUUGAAGCAGAGGGAAACGGCUAGCCUGCCUCUGUCAAAAGUUAAAAAUAUAACAUCUUCCACUAAAGCUGCGAGUGAACAUGUUAUAUUUAGUUUAAUCUGUACACAAACAGAAAUCUAAAAGCAACAGCCAGGCUAACAGUUUCCCUGCCUGCUUCCAGUCAUUAUGCUAAGCUAGGCUAACUACAUCCCGACUCAACGCACCAACAUGACAACAGUAUCACUCCUCUCAUCGGAUUCUCAGCAGGAAAGCUAAUGUUCUCUCUCCAUUCAUUUAUUUUUUACCUGAAAGCUGCUCUGCUCGUCUCCCACUAAAGUUAACAGAUUAUCCAGUCUGGCGGACCAGUGAGAUGGCAAUUCCCAGUUUCAAAUAAAUCAGACACAUUAUGACAAUUCGCCUGAAAGAUAACGUUGUAUUUAAGUCAGAAAAAGUACAUUUCUUGUGUUUUUACAAAUAAAACACAAGUUGCACAGUUAGACCUCAAUUAAUCAUUUUCUGAUACUGUACUGGUCAUACUGGUCUCUUUCCACUAUGAAGAGCUGUACGGGAACACCACUUAAGUUGUUAAGCUUAGUGUCUUUGUGGGGGACUAGGUAUCAAAAUUAAGUGUUUUUUUUUUAAUUGAUUGUAUUAAUUGAACCAGAAAAUAUAUCUAAUUAAACUCAAAGACACUUUCCCCACAUUUUGCUUUUUUUUAUCAAAGAAGUAUAUAUUUUUUAAUUAUAAGUCAAUGAAAAGAUUUAACCGAAAGAAAAAUCAACAUCGUAGACAGAAAUGACUGCUGCUCCAACUAAAUAUUUACAAAAUGAGUCUUGAAAUUAAAAGGAAGGAACCAUUAAAAAAUAUUUCAGCAAUAAUUUAAUUUUCACAAAGAGGUUUUCAUAGUUUCGGGACUGAAAGCUCAUUAUGUGGUGCUACUUCAUUUCUUGUGAGAAUAGAAACAAUCUUUGUAUUGAUUUUUUAAAAGCUCUUUACGGUAAUGUGUUUCAUGCCACCAUCAAUUUAUCGCGUAUCUUUCAUGCUAUAUUCAAUCUUAGACCUCCACUUAAACACUUUGUGCUCAUUCCUUUACCAGCGUCAGCGAGAGGCUCGAACAAUACGGUUGUGCUUCUUCUCAAGCUGAAACUAAUGAAUAAGCUGCAGCAGUUCUGUAUAGACGGACUCAAAGGAGACCAAACCUCAGUCUUCAGGACUACACAGAAGAACAAAUCUAAGAAAGUGUAAUUUAAAGUUAUUUAUUGCCCAUGUGACGUCAUCAUGUUGUGUAUUCUUUCUUUGAAUGUGUAAUGUGUGUCUCUACUUAACGCUAAGAUUUCAAUCACACAAAGGACAGCUCGUGAUCUUUCUGAGUGUGGAGACAAAAUACCGGUCGGACCGUUUUCUGUGAUGAAGCAGCUUCCACAGUUCGCCUUGUGUAACUUCAGUUCAUGUCUUGAAGUCGCUGAACAUUUUACCAUCGCUUCCCCUUGAGGUAGCCACUGGUCUGAGUUCAGUUUAUUGAAAAUCAACUCAUCGCAGCAACUUGGAACUUGCUUUGGAACAUCGAUCUUCAUUUUAGCUAUGUUAGCUUGAGAUAUAACAUUUAUGAAUACUGUUCUUUUUAAUCCUCAUUAUAAUGCAGAGGUCCAUUUAGGAACCAUUUAGGUGGUGCAUUCAGUUUUGUCAAUAAGUCACAAACAUGAGGAAAUUGACGUAAACAUGGCUGUCAUAAGGUUGAGGGGAGAUACUGUAGAUAUGUCAGAGUUGAAGCCAAGUUUGAACUUUAUGAAAAAACAGCCUAGCCUUGAUUUUGUGAUUCCUUUUUUUUUUAACUUUCUAGACUUUUUAUUGGCUCCCAAUCAUCUCCAUACCAUAUGAAAACAUGUAUCACGAUCACCAGUUUCAAUCUGGCUCAAUACAUUCACACUAGCCGCCACUGUACUUAGUGUUCAGGGCUAAUUAGCAAAUGCUAGCCUGCUAACAUGCUAAACUAACAUGGUGAACAAAACACAUUCUAAACAUCAGCAUGUUAGCAUAUUAGCAUUUAGCUCAAAGCACCACUGGACAGCCUCAUUGAGCUCUUCCUGUAAUGUUAGAAUAUAUACCUUAGGUUUUCAAAAAACACGGCAUGAUUAGUUGUAGGAUCAAUGAAUCAUUGGCAGUAAAAAGGCUAAAAUGAGAUUAAUGGCACAAGAAGAACCUUUCAAAAUAAAAGUGUUGAUUAGGGUUAUCGUUUUCCUGCAAGUUUCAAGUCUUUCAUAGUAAUUGAAGGUUCAAACCAGUGGCUACCUAACUUGUAUAACAUGUAUUAAAUACAUAUGAUAUGGAAGGUUGGCAGUAAAUCAUAAAACAUGCAGACUUAGUAGUAAACAUCUAUAUCCAGCAGUACGCUAGUUUAAUGCACCUUUAUUUUGAAAAGAAAAGUCUGAAGCGAGCAGCAAUCAGGAGUGAAGGCCUCUGUUAUAAAGCUGUCUGUCUGUCUGUCUGUCUGUCUGUCGAUCAAGCUUCAUAAUACCACAUUUAUUUUUCUUUGUAUGGCGAGGAAAUUGAACCGUCAGUGUGUGUAUUAAAGGAAAGUGCCUGAAGCCUCCUCUUCAUUUACGUCCUGAUGUAUAUUUCAGAAAAUAAUAACUGUAAAAGAGAAAAGGUUGUAUUCA